AACGGGUAUCCAUCAGUGGAUAAUCCAUAUAUCUUCAACGGUGAUUUUGUUGAUCGUGGAGCGCAGUCUAUCGAAGUGUUUGUGGUAUUAUGCGCUCUAGUGGUGCUAAAUCCAUCAUCAGUGGUAUUAAAUCGCGGUAAUCACGAGGAUCACAUAAUGAAUCUUCGCUAUGGGUUUGUCAAGGAGCUGAUGACAAAGUAUAAGAGCUCGGCGAAUGUGUUGGUGCGGCUACUCGAGGAUGUGUUCUCCUGGCUUCCGCUCGCAACCGUUGUUGACAACAAAAUUUUUGUUGCGCAUGGUGGUAUCUCGGAUAAAACAAACCUCGAAGCGCUCAGCAACUUGCCACGGAAUCGA